CAAGCCUCGGCAAACAAUAGCACAUUGCUAGUCACUGGGGCAGGAAGUGCUGUGUUACUGUGAAGGCAGAUAGGAUUUUUUCCCACCAUGCCUACAAAGGAUAACUUGGAGAGUUUCCUAAAAAACAUUGACGAAAUCACUGAUAUCAUACAAGAUUUAAACUCCUCAGAUGAGUCACAUCGACAAGAGGCUUUCUUAAAAGCAGACAAAAGGCUUGCUCUGUUGAAGAACAAAGACAAUGAUGAUGGAAUCAGGACAACAGCAAAUAGAACUGUCAUAAACACAUCUCCUGAAGGAAUGUGUGCUUCUGGUAGCACUUAUCAUGCCAACAAGGACUCCAGACUGAUGCAAGAAAACGUCCUUGAACAUUUGGAAAAGGAUGCAAAAGAAAGAGCAGAAAGGCGGAAAGAGAACACGGCAAUGGCAAAUGCGCUGAAAGAACUGGGAAAUAAGGCCUUCUCAAAAGGUGAUUAUGAGACAGCUGUGAAAUGCUAUAGUGAAGGGGUUGAGAAACUUAGAGACAUGCAGGUCUUAUACACCAACAGAGCUCAGGCCUUUAUUAAAUUGGAAAAAUAUGAAAAUGCUAUCUCUGAUUGUCAAUGGGCAUUAAAGUGCAAUGAAAAGUGUGCCAAAGCCUAUGUUCACAUGGGGAAAGCAUAUCUAGGACUGAAGGAAUACAGUGAGGCAAGAAAAUGUUAUCUGAAGUUACUGGAUGUUGAUCCAAAUCUUGAAAAGCUAGUGAAAGAUUACAUUAAUACGGUGGAUUUACAGGAAGCAAACUUCAAACAGGAACAGGUUGCUUUGGAGGAACUGAAAGUGGCAAAGGAAGAUGCAGUGUCUGUCACUCAGCUGCUCCAGAAACUUUCCAAAGCAGAUCAGAUUGCUUUAUACUACUCAGGAGGCAUCAGACUACUAACCGAAGUAGUUAAGGACUGUACUGGACAGACCUUAUUCCGAAUGAAUAGUGGAUUCAGUAUAAUUGGAGAGAACAAGAUCAUUUUAAGGAGUCUUGACACAGUACAAGCAGAGGCUGAUCAGAUAGAUCUCUGUGAGUCUUCCCUUAAUCUAUGGAAAACAGUCUGCUGUGGAAAUGCAGAAAACCAGCGCUUGUUUUUCAAUAAUAACAGUGUGGUUGAAAAGAUUCCUUCGCUACUGUCCAGUCAGGUUCCUGAGAUCCAAAGCAAGACAUUGGCUCUGGUUGGUGUCUUUACUGAUUCAGAUUAUGGAAGGUCACUGCUUGUGCAAAGCAUGAAUCCACACAGUUUGUUGCAAAUCCUACUGGAAUGUGUGAGACUAUCUGAUGGAAGAGCAAGUACAGCAAUGGAAAUACUGCAAAGUCUAUCCCAGGAUGAGAAGGUGAAAAACUAUAUGAGGACUAACUUUUCUUCUGCUACUCUGCCUUGCUUUAUACUAAUACUGAGGACAUCAAAGGUGGUAAACAGAGAAGUGGUCCUUCACUGCAUCGGCUUGCUAGGUCACUUAAUAGAGGAUGGAAAUAUUAGGGGUCAGGUGUCUGAAUCACCAGAAUGCUGGGAUGCCUGCAUGUUAUUUCUGGAUGAGUGCAGCUUGUUAGCUGCUGAAGAAGAACAAAGACAAGUUUUAUCUGCAAUACUUGGACUCAUGUUCAACUUGUCCUUAGAGAUUAACUCAGCUAUUCAGGAACGAGGAAUCGCAAUUACCAACAAAUGCAUGAACCUUCUGAACAUUAAAGAUGGACAAGUCCUGAUGAGAUGUGUGGGUAUUCUUAGCCGGGUUGUUCCACAAUGCCCUGCAGCUGUGGAGCAGGUAGUGCAAAGAGGAAUUAUUAAGAAGCUUGUAAAACUGUUAAAGGCAGGUGGAAAGAGAACAUCUGUUUUUGCUGCAAAGGUUCUGGCUGUGUGCACUAAAGUUGAUUCUGUAGCAAAGAAGGAUAUGAUAAAGUAUGAUAAACAAUUUAGUACUUUGCUAAGUCUUUUGCAUUCUGAGGAUGAGACCAUCGUUGGCAACAUAUCACUCUGCUUGGGUAACUGUUUUGAGGUUCCUGGUGCAGCCGCCUCUCUGUUGCAGACUGAUAUCCUGAAACUACUUCUGACUCAUGCUGGUGGGGAUGCACAAACGACUAAAGUGCAGCAGAAUGCUGCUAUUGCAUUGGGAAAACUGUGUACUGCAGAGCCAAGAUAUAUGACCCAACUUCGCCAACUUAAUGGAAUAGAGAUUCUUCACUCUUGCAUGAAAUAUAUGAAAUCACUUUGAAAUGUUUUUAUACCACAGUAUUAUACAGUAUUGAUGUCCAUGGUAGAAUGAGGACACUUUUUUAAAAAAAAGUAUUUUAUAUGGCAUGUAUUUUUUAAAUAUCUUUUUUUAGUUGGCAUUUAGAAAAAAGUGUUAAAUAAUUAUAUGUUUUUCUGUACAGUAUGUUAUAUUCUACAUUUUUUCUGUGUUCCUUGUUUCCUAUAGGUAAGCAGUGUAAUAAAUAAUAUGACUUA